AGGAAAAGCACCUGGCUCCUGGCUCCUGCCAGGAUCAGCGCGGUGCGCCGGCUGCAGCGGCGGCCAUUGGAGGGUGAACCAACGGCAAAAGGAAGACCUUUCUCUCUCUGUCUCUCUCUCUCUGUCCACUCUGCCUGUCAAAAAAAAAAAAAAUUUUUGGAACCCUGUGCUUGCAAAUACAUUAAGGAGGUACAUCCAGUGUAAAUGGAGAAUGUCGGCCUUCCAUUGAAGUGUCAUACUUGGCUCAUGCCUCAUAUUCUCAUGCAGGUCUCCCUUACCCUGAAGUCAAAUAGCAGUCACUGGGAACAGAAUGGCCAUCCAGGAUUGGCAGUAGGAAUAAUCUUCUCAUUACAGACUGUAGUCGGAGUUCUGGGGAAUGUCUCUCUUCUUCUCCAUUAUCUCAUCCUUUACUUCACAGGAUGCAAGUGUAGGUCCACAGAUUUGUUUAUCAAGCACCUCUCUGUUGCCAAUGUGUUGGUCAUUCUCUCUAGAGGAGUCCCCCAAACCAUGACAGCUUUGGGGAUGAAGAAUUUCCUAGAUGAUAUCGGGUGCAAGCUUGUGUUCUAUGUGCACAGAGUGAGCAGGGAUGUGUCCAUUGGAAGCACCUGCCUCCUGAGUGUCUUCCAGGCCAUCACCAUCAGUCCUAGACACUCCAGGUGGAUGGAGCUUAAAGUAAAAUCUCCCAAGUAUGUUGGCCCCUCCACUAUUCUCUGCUGGAUCCUGAACAUGGCACUAAAUGUUGUAGUACCUGUGUAUAUGACUAGCAACAGGAGUGGCAAAAACCACACCAAAAAAACCAAUUAUGUCUAUUGUUCUACUGGACCUAAGGAGAAAACCGCAAACUCCCUAUACGUAGCACUGGUGUUCUUCCGUGAUGCUCUUCAUUUGGUGCUCAUGCUUGGAGCCAGCUGCUCCAUGCUUUCCACCCUGUACAGGCACAAGCAGCAAGUCCAGUACAUCCACAGGAAUAAUUUGACCCCCAGUUCCUCUCCUGAGUCCAGAGCUAUGCAAAGCAUCCUCAUCCUGGUGAGCAUUUUUACGUCUUUGUGCACCCUCUCUUUCAUCUUUCAUGUUUGUUCUGCUGUCUUAAGAAAUCCCAGUGUGUGGCUCCUGAACACCUCUGCACUAAUUGCUGGAAGUUUCCCCACUGUGAGCCCCUACAUUCUCAUGAGCUAUGACGCCAGAAUAUCCUGGCUCUGCUUUGGUUGGAUAAGGGAUACAAAAUGCUCCAAACUUACUAUAGGUAUGUAA